AUGAAGUCCAUCGUUUUAGCGAGCGCUCUGGCAGCUGCAAGUCUUCUUGUGAGCUCUGCGAGCGGACGUCCUCUCUACCACAAACGUAAGCUCGUCACCGAGGUGGUAUACGUCACCGAGACGAUCGCCGAAGCUAUUGUCUACGUCGACGAGGCGGGCGCGCCUUAUUGGACCACAACUUCGACGGUACUCACCAGUUCUCCCUCUGUAACUGUAGCCACAUCUACAGCCGAGGCAGUGCUUUCGAGUUCAGGUCCAGCUCCCUCACUUACCUCAUUCGAAUGGCCAUCGUCUACACUCGUUUUACCUUCAGUGGAACCUACUGCUGUCGGUGCCCAGGAUGCGACUACGACACAGGCGCCCCCUUCUACCACUUCCGAAGUACCAUCUGCAGUGCCUGCUUCCACACAAGAGCCUGAGCCCGUACCUCAGCCAUCAGCUCCAGCUGGUGAUGUUCCUGUCGACAAGGCCGCUGCCGGUACCCUGCCUCUGGGCAUAACUUGGGAUGCCUACACUGGGUCCGCCAAUUGCAAGAGUGCGGAUCAACUCGCCAGUGAAUUCAGUAAGAUGAAGGACUACAAAGUGAUCCGAAUAUAUGGGAUGGACUGCAACCAGAUUCCGCUUGCAAUUCAGAACGCCAUCAAAAACGGUCAAAAGCUCAUGGGCGGCGCAUUUCUGGAUACUAGCGGUGGCGGCGAAGACCUCGACCAGGUCAUUCAGACCUACAAGAGCGCUAUCGAUCAGUAUGCUGGCGGAAAUUGGGAUGUUCUCCAACUCUUCGCAGUCGAGAACGAGCGCGUCAACGAGCACAGAAUGACAUCCUCGCAAGUCGUUGACGCCAUUGGUCGUGCUCGCACUCAGCUACAAAGCUUCGGUUACAACGGACUUGUGGGCGCAGUCGAGACUGCACCUGCUAUGAUGGAUAAUCCUGCUAUCUGUGGUGCUGCAGAUGUGGUCAUGGUCAACAUUCACGCCUUCUUCGACAGGAAUACAAAGGCUCAGGAUGCCGGUACGUUUGUCAAGAGCCAAGUUGAGCGUGUGAAAUCUGCCUGCGAUGACAAGCGUGUUGUCGUUACUGAGUCUGGUUGGCCUCGCGAAGGUAAUGCCAAUGGCGCGGCCAUCCCCUCACCCGACAACCAGCGUAUCGCUCUUGAAUCGAUCCGCUCCAACUUCAACAGCGACAUGUUCCUUUUCAGCGCCUUUGACUCGGGCUGGAAGGCAGACUCUGCGUCAACUUUCAACUCUGAGCGUUAUUGGGGUGUGAUCGAUUAG